UAAGUGGGCGGAGUCUAGUUUCCAUAGCGACUGGACAACUAUAUUGGAGUGAUUCCCAAGACAGAAGGUUUGAACAACCAUGGAGUUCGAUCUCGGCGAAUAUUUCCGAGCGGCGUUUGAGGACAAGCUCCUAGUGAAAAUGCCUGAUCGGGAAGAUGACUUUCUUACACCAGCAACACGUCUCCUGGAGAAGAGAAGAGAGAUGGUGGAAGUGGAACAAGCGCUAAGUACCCAAAAGGAGGAAUUCCAGAUGAAGUCCGAGAGCCUGCAGCAGCGCCGUGCUGAACUGGAGCUCAAAGAAGAGAAGCUCAAGGAUUCUUUGUUUAAGUUUGAUAAAUUCCUAAAGGAGAACGACUCCAAGAGGAAACGGGCUUUACAUAAAGCAGCUGAGGAACGGCAGCUGGCUGCACAUAAAGAGCGGGAAGCUCUGCGACUUCAGGCAGAGAACACACAGCUGAUGCAACGCAAAGGGACUCUACUGGAGCGUCAGGAAAAGAACAGCAAAUACCAGCAAUACCUGCAGAGGGUGCUAGAGAGAACGGAUGAGUUUCAAGAAGUGCAGGAAAUGAUAGACCGAUUCAACACAUUAAUGGCGACUCAGAACAAGCUGUUAAAGCGGGACCUGGAGAACCAAGAGCUUGCAGAGAGGGAGAAGGCCAGGCUCUUGCACUAUCAGGAAGAGACACGAAGCCAGAUCCUGGAACUGAACAACCAGAUUGCACAACUACAGGGAGAGCUGGAGAGAGUGCGGGCUGUGGCUUUUCAGUGGGAAUCCCGUUGGGCACAGAUCCAGAACACUGCAGCUGAGAACACAUUGCGGCUGGGGCGCAUCAGGAUGUCGACAUUAAAUUUAUUCCAGACUAUAUCCAAACAGAUGCGCCUAAAGACAGAAAUUUCUGUGGAAGACACGGAGGCACAACUAGAAAAGAUUCAAAUCUGUUUUGAAGAUCUAUCUGCCAUUUAUAAGGAUUUAAAAAAGGCUGGGACAACACCACAGACGCCUGCUGUACCCACCACCAACUGACGAGUACGGUGCUCCCACUUUGACUGUAUAGUUAUUUAUUCAUACACAGUUAUUACGUAGAUGACAGACUUCUUUCUCCAACUGAAAUAAUAGUUGUGACAGUGGGCAAAUGUACCUCGGAAAGUGUAAGGACUGAUUUUUUAUAUUGUUUAUGGUCACCAUUAUUUGUCUAAUAAAAGAAAACCCAGGCUGCGUUCAAUAACAAUUACAAGUAACUUAUAAACCACUGAAAACUUUAAAGGAAGUGUAUUGGAAAGUUACUUAGAAUUGUAUUUUUUUUUUCAUUUGGCGCAGCAACUUUUAACCCUUCCCGAUCCUAAUUAGCAUAAGCUAAUUAGGAUUUGGAUUCGCCAGAAUCCAUCAGGGUGAGUUCGGGGUUCAGCCGAACCCAAAAAAGUGGGUUUGGUGCAUCCCUAAUAAAGAUACUAAUAUCCCAUAUACCUAAAAAUAGAAAAUAAAUGUAAAUUGCAAAACUAUACAUCAAUUAAUUUCUUUGGUUUAGAUCCCCUUUAAAUGAAAUUAACAUAUGUGCUCUGACAUUUUCUGGUACAUAAGUGCUAAUGAAUUAGUGUGUUUACACUUUAUUCAUUUAUUAAGAUAGGGAUCCAUGUUAUUUAGUAAAUGCAUCUUUUUGAAAUGGUUACUUUCUAUAUUGCUAUGACAGCAAGUAAUGAUGUUUUAGAAACCUAAAUAAAAAUGUAAGUAAA